GUCAAUCUGGUACACAAACGAGACCGGAUAUCUUCGAUGAUGGUUGUCUCUGUGAGCAACCGCUUAAGAAGGUUAAAGCCUUCACGGAUGUGGGCAAUAUCGAGUCCAUGUCCAAGGAGCGAUGGGGUGCUGCGAAGUGGGUUCGCGGGCAAGCGCGGACUUACUGCUCAAGCGAUUUCGACAUCAAAACAGUGUCGCACUCCGACUUCCUGAAGAUGCUGGAGAGUGCGUGGUGCUCCAAGGACUGUAACGAUGCCAAUAUCAUGGCUGUUCUGCAGCGCACGCAUAUCUUUGUCAACACUGCCAAAUGUCUCUACAUCCGACCUGCCAGUGAAACAGAAGGCCCUGUGCUCCGGAUUCCCCUAGGUGACAAGAUUGACUUCCUCCACGUGGACUCACGCAAGGUAUACGACUACCAUCGCAAGGGCGGGCAGGACGCGCCACAGGACUUCGAGAUGAAAGUGAACUGGGAAAGGGACUGGGUUGCGAAAGCUAUGGGAGGUGAAGUGAAUUUACCAACACGUGCCACAAUCAUCCGUCGCGGGGGUCUUUUCCAAAGUGCUCCUUCCGAGUCUGCUGACUCUACCGUCAAGACCAUCGUCGUGUCAAGGAACUCUUGGAGAAACACUUCGACAUCGACAUCCCUGCCGCAACCGCUGUCACUAACGUCAAGGAUGAAAUGCCGACCAAGCGAGAGCUGGAGAUUUCUGCGCGUGAUACUUUCAAUAGCAUCUGGGUUGAUCCGAGAUGUGCUGUUUACUUUGUUUGCAUAG